AAGUAAGCAUUUUUGUAGUUGCAAUGAAAUACUUCUGUUUGAAAUGUGGUUAUGCUACAGAAAACCAAAAAUGGCCUCAGGUUGUCACAGUUUCAACAGUCUGGCUUUUGGGAUUCUCUGGUGGGAUCCAUUUCGGGUGGCCUAGUCCAUCUAUACCCAAACUAUUAUCCAACGAUUUUCCCGUUAAAGUCACCCCAGAAGAUGCUUCAUUCAUAACAACGUCCGCAUUGUUGUCACAAAUUAUCGGUAACGUUGCUUCGUCAAUUCUGAUCGAUACUGCCGGAAGAAAGAUCGCUCUUCUUUCAUCAGCACCUCUUUUCUUAGUUUCGCUACUUCUAAUCCACUUUUCUUCUAAAUCAAUAGCAUUUUUGUAUGCAGCAAGAAUCAUUGGUGGUAUAGGUGAAGGACUCAUGACCAUAAUGUCUACAGUAUAUAUAUCAGAAAUCUCAGAACCAAGAAUAAGAGGUGUUUUGGUCACAUUCUUAAAAGCGUUCUUUUGUUCAGGCGUUCUUUUUAUAAACGUAGUCGGUUUUUACUUUUCCAUAGAAACAGCAAGUCUGAUGUCAAUGCCCUCCUCUAUCCUCUUUCUCUCACUCUUUGUCUUUGCACCAGAAAGCCCCUACUUUCUACUGAUGACGAAACAAACAGAACGCGCUUACAGUUCUUUGAAGAAACUACGCUGGACUGACAAUGUCCAUGAAGAACUUGUACUUCUACAAGCUCAUGUUGAUCGUCAACUGUGCGCAAACGCUCGACUAAAAGAUCUAGUUCUAAUCAAGUCGAACAGAAGAGCUUUAGUCAUCUUAUUGGUCACAACAUCAGCAGAAAUCUUCUCAGGAGUUCCAACCCUGACGAUCUACGCUCAACCGUUCUUUUCUCAAGCGGUACCAAACAUCCCUCAACAAUGGACUGCAGUUUUCACACAACUACUCAGACUGGUUUCUAUAUUCGCAGGAGCUGCUAUUGUCGACACUCUAGGAAGAAAAAUUUUGCUCCUGGUUGCAACCGGCGGUUGCUGUCUUACUGCAACGUCCCUUUCUGGAUUCUUCUUUCUCAAAGACCAUUCUUCUCUAGAUCUUGACCAAUUCAACUGGUUGCCUCUAGUCGAUAUCGUCGUUAUGGAAAUCACGUUCAUGUUGGGUUUUGGCGUCGCUGGUUUUUGCCUAAUGGGAGAGCUGUUUUCUACUAGCAUUAAAGCAAAGGCCGUUUGUGUUAUCAGUGUGAUGGGUGCGGUUUUAAUUUUUGUGAAUACGGCGCUGUUUCAAUUUUUGAGUGGUAGUUAUGGUUUGGGAGUACCGUUGGCGAUUUUUGCGGCGGCGGACGUUUUGGCGUUUGUUUUUUGUUGGAGGCGGCUGCCAGAAACCAAAAGGAAGAGUCUUGAGGAAAUUCGGCAGAAGUUGGGAAGGAAGAGAGUUCGGAAAACGGAAGAUGUGUCUUAAAUUUGAUUAUAACGUGUUUACUUUUUGUUAUCUUUGUGUUGUAGAUUUUAUUGCGUUAUUUUUUGUUUACGAUUUGUUAACCUUAUUGUUUGAAAGUUUGGCGUUAUCGAGCUGGCGACGUUGUAAAUUAUUUAAUCGUAAAUAAUAUGUGUUUUCCAUGCGUUUUUCUUUGUUAUGCAAUUUAUAAGAUUUAUUGUGGUGAAAUUUUAAUUUAUUUUGAUUUU